AUAAAACGGUUUUUGUUUUUGAAAACUAUAAAUACUACCGGUGGAGUAGUGAAAAUAGUGUGAAAAAAUUCAGUUCAAAGCAUCAAUGGACACCGCCGACGAUGAUACGCCGAUGCAACCAAUCUCCUCCUCGACUCCUCCGGUGCCGUCAUUUCCAGCUCUCCUCGGCACUACCGGUGUCUCUCCCGGCAGUCCAACUGAAACGCGGAAGGCCGGAGAAGCAUGCUAUGGAGAGUUCCGCGAGCACUGAUCAGACUUUCGUCUCCUACGCAGCCGCAGGCAGAUGUAGCGAGCCCUGGAAUGACUACUCUCUCCGCCGUCUCAGGUCGCCGGCCGUGGACUUUCGUCUCCUACGCAGCUGCAGGCAGAUGUAGCGAGCCCUGGGAUGACUACUCUUUCACCGUCUCAGGUCGGCGGCGGUGGACUUUCGUCUCCUACGCAGCUGCAGGCAGAUGUAGCGAGCCCUGGGAUGACUACUCUUUCACCGUCUCAGGUCGGCGGCGGUGGACUUUCGUCUCCUACGCAGCUGCAGGCAGAUGUAGCGAGCCCUAGGAUGACUACUCCUUCACCGUCUCAGGUCGGCGGUGGUGUAGAGCAGGCAGAUUUAACGAGCCCUGGGAUGACUACUCCUUCACCGUCUACGGCAGGUGAAGCGGCGAUUUCUGCUGUGCCUGUGAAAAGGGGUAGUGGAAGACCGCCUGGUUCUAAAACCAAGAAGAUAAGUGUUGGUUCAGGGACUGUUCCCGAUCAUUUAUCUGUCUGUUUCUUCAUUGUCUUGGAAUCUGGUGUGCUACUUGAUGGUUAUGUUAGGGGGGGCAAUGUGGCAGGGCUCCUUACAGCAGCAACUGAUGUUCAGGUUAUUGUUGGUAGCUUCAACACACAGAAGAGUCCGCUGAUGUCAACACUCAAAAGUGCUAUGUCAGUUGGUCAACUAACAAGAAGAGAAAGAAUGCUUCUCUUGUUAUGAUAAUACAUACCUAUGUGAUGUGAGAAUGCAUUCUGCAGCUUAGCAAUUCUUUUUCAUAUGGAUUCUUUCCUGUACAAAUAUAUGCACAGAAAACAGUAUUCUACUUUUACUUUACAGCUUCUUCAUUCCUUAUUUACUAGUUAAUUGUUUUCUCAAUCUGAAAACAGGCAUGUGGUACAUUGCUAUACUUGGGAUUUAAAUUUAUAUCUCUACAUGAUGAACAAAGUUAAUGAAUAAAAAGAGACAUUUGUCAUUUCCUA